UGUACUACAGAAUCCUCAAAUGGAUUUACAGGCCAUGGAUAGAUGUCAUAGAAUCGGUCAAACAAAGCCUGUUCAUGUUUACAGGCUCGCAACUGCUCAAUCAGUAGAGGGUCGAAUGUUAAAAAGAGCUUUCAACAAGUUGAAGCUUGAGCAUGUGGUGAUAGAGAAAGGACAGUUUCAUCAAGAGCGUACAAAGCCUGCCAUUGUGGAUGAGAUGGAGGUUUGUAUGGUAGCAGUAGCAUGCUAACGAUUUCUAAAUUUUUCUGUUC